AAGGAAAACACUUUGUGAACCAGAGAAUAGCAAGAGAAGAGAUAAACUGAGAGACGACAAGCAACAAGAAGCACAAGUCUACACCUUUCUCUCUCUCUAGCUCAAGUGGAGGAGGAGGAUAGAUAUAUAUAAUCAAUCUCUCAUUACAUUAUCUCUUCCUUGCUCUCAUCUCUUUCUAUUAACCUCUCAUUUAAUAACAUUAAGAGAGAGAGAGAGAAUAAAAGAGAGUCUUUUUUUCUUGUGGGAGAGAGAGAGCUCUGGUAAUGGCGAACUUGGUCUUAUCAGAAUGUGGAGUAAGACCUCUCCCCAGAAUCUACGCCACACCCAGAUCCAGUUUCCUCUCUACCAACAAACCCACCUCCUUCAAAUUCAGACAAUCCCCUUCCUCCUCAUCUCUCAACCUUCGUCUGAAUUCUCGAAACUGGGCGUUGAAUGUGAGCACACCUCUAACAGUCGACUCCUCAUCAUCUCCUCCAAUCGAGGAAGAACCCAAAACGCAGAGAUUCGACCCAGGCGCCCCUCCUCCGUUCAACCUAGCGGACAUCAGAGCAGCUAUACCCAAGCAUUGCUGGGUUAAGAAUCCAUGGAAGUCUAUGAGUUACGUCGUCAGAGACGUCGCCAUCGUGUUCGCGUUGGCUGCUGGAGCUGCUUACCUCAACAAUUGGCUCGUUUGGCCUCUCUAUUGGAUUGCUCAAGGAACCAUGUUCUGGGCUCUCUUCGUUCUUGGCCAUGACUGUGGACAUGGUAGCUUCUCAAAUGACCCGAGGUUGAACAGUGUGGUGGGUCACCUUCUUCAUUCCUCUAUUCUAGUCCCUUACCAUGGCUGGAGAAUUAGCCACAGAACUCACCACCAGAACCAUGGACAUGUUGAGAACGACGAAUCUUGGCAUCCUAUGUCUGAGAAAAUCUACAAGAGUUUAGACAAACCGACUCGGUUCUUUAGAUUUACACUGCCUCUUGUGAUGCUCGCUUACCCUUUCUACUUGUGGGCAAGAAGUCCGGGGAAGAAGGGUUCUCAUUACCAUCCAGACAGCGACUUGUUCCUUCCUAAAGAGAGAAAUGAUGUUCUCACUUCUACCGCUUGUUGGACUGCAAUGGCUGCUCUGCUUGUCUGUCUCAACUUCGUGAUGGGUCCAAUGCAAAUGCUGAAACUUUAUGUGAUUCCUUACUGGAUAAAUGUUAUGUGGUUGGACUUUGUGACUUACCUGCAUCACCAUGGUCAUGAAGAUAAGCUCCCUUGGUACCGUGGGAAGGAAUGGAGUUACUUGAGAGGAGGACUUACAACAUUGGACCGUGACUACGGAUUGAUCAACAACAUCCAUCACGACAUUGGAACUCAUGUGAUACAUCAUCUUUUCCCUCAGAUCCCACAUUAUCAUCUAGUAGAAGCAACAGAAGCAGCUAAACCAGUAUUAGGGAAGUAUUAUAGGGAGCCUGAUAAGUCUGGACCUUUGCCAUUGCAUUUACUGGGAAUCUUAGCAAAAAGUAUUAAAGAAGAUCAUUUUGUGAGCGAUGAAGGAGAUGUUGUAUACUAUGAAGCAGACCCUAAUCUCUAUGGACAGAUCAAGGUAACAUCAGAAUGAAAUGAAGCAUGCAAAGAGAGAAAGAGAGAGAAGCUGUCAGAUUUAUCUAUUUCUGACCAGCUGAUUUUUUUUGCUUAUUAAUGUCAAUUCAUUGUGUUACCAUUAUCUCUGAAUACAAUCAGAUGGAAACCCCAACUUUGUUUUCAAUACUUGAAGCAUAUAUAUAAGAUACAUUGUACUGUCAUUAGAUUCACCACUCUCAAGGUUUUUUAUACAUAUUUUGUAUUUGAGUGAUUACACCAAACAUUAUUCAGUUUGGUUGGUUUUGUA